AAAAUAUAUAAACAGUUAACAUGAAAAUACUAAAUGAUUAACAAACUUUUUUAGUUUUCUUUUUAGACUUGCGUUGAACUCUUUUCAUCCAUUCCCUAUACUUUGCGGUGGUUCGGGAAUAAUAUCAAUCAUAAACGCGAUGAAUGACUGUAAUCGAUGAGCAAUGUUACGAGGCAAAAGUAUUGGAAAUCCCGUAGAAAAACCAUGUAUAACUUUACUUUGAAGAUUUGCAGUCGGUGGGCUACAUAAACUGAUACGAUGAAGAAAAUAGCCACAAAAGAAGAUAACAACAAUUUGAAUUGAUUCAACGAGUUAACGGACUUUUGAUUAGGACUAUGACGAAGCAAGAUGCCGCGCUGAGAAAGGACAUCUCGAAGAGACACGAAAGAUUUCCUCUAGCAAGCAAUUACUUGUCAAUGACCCACUGACCAAGGAUCGGAUCAAAGUUACCAGGAAAAAGACUUAGAAACUACAAAGAGGGAAUCCAUAUUCUUCAAACGAGUUAUACUGUAAAAAGGAAACAUGUUUUCAUCUUACAAAAAAAACAUCAACAAAAUAUACAAUUUAAAAGCGUGCAACUAGCGGUAAUAAAGUUACGCAUACAUAUACGCUUCAUGCUCUCUAUCCACUGUCACCAACAAGCAGUCGGCAGCAGUCAAUGAAACACGUGUAAAAGUGACCUGUUCUUCCUUGUCGCCUUCCCAAAUGAAAGAAGAUAAAUGAUCUUCAAGCAAGGUGAACAAAAGAAUCCUCCGACCCGUCGGACCCAACGGCAUAGCGAUGCUGCUGCUCUACAUUGAUCUACGCAUCGUUCUACCGCGCUAACGCUAAAACGAAACGAUGAAAACCUCACGCUGAAAACACUUGUGCACACAAACUCACACAUAAAACUCCUUCGGCCGAUGAUGAUCAAAUCAUCUACCGAGCCGAGUAUAACCUUCCUCACAAAAAGGGGGAAAGAGCUAUUGAUGAAGAAAAACUGGAAAACAGUUCGCGCUUCGUACGCUAAGAGUUUGCGUGGAAAACGUGGUAGCAUAUAAUAAUACCGAAACAGUGGAAAUAAAUAAAACACGGGACAACAUUAUCAUGUCGAUUUAUGUCUGAAUAGGAUCCUCGGGACAAGAGCGAAGAUGAAGAGCUAAUGUGACGAUCAACGAGCGUUAGUGUCGUUCGACAUGUCGUAUGAAACGUUUCUUUAAUGGCAGACGGAAGUUCUAGCGUGUGGUACAAGUGCUUUAGAUAAAAUUCGCGGUCGCAUUUCAUCUGAGACAUGUUGUUGCUGAUUGUGGUUCCAGAGCAGAAUGAUACGCUGGCUAAUGUUAAGGGAUAGAUAAGGUGUGCAAUGUGCAUACAAAAACGGCAACCGUUUCCGUAUGCAAAUUAGAAAAAAAAACACACAAACACAUUUAGUGCAAAUAUUGUGCAGUUCCAUUUCAUACAGAACAGGGCUUACAAAGUGUCGAAUGCAUAAUGAAUAUAGCCGAUCUCAUUCCAAUCGAUCUUUCGAACGAUCGUGAAUAUCCGUCCGUGUGCAGUUCGCCGUUGAUCACUGGCAGCGAUGUGGCGCACCGGACGAUAGAUGUUCCGUCCUCCAUUAGCUACAUCCACGUACCUACGCCAACGUUCGCCACGUUUGCUGCUCCAGUGCCCGCCACACUGCCGGCGAUCUUUCCCUCCACAACGUUCGAACGACGUUACCCGACGAGACGUACCACGAAUCUUGGCGCUACGACCACCACACUUUACUCCGUGCCGAUAGCUUCACCACCGGUACAAGUGCUAGCAACCGGGCACGAUGACCAUGGUGACCCGAGCGGGACCAACACCAUACCGGUCAGUGUGCUUAAACUGACGCCACCACGAUCGUCUCCACCUGCCACGUUGCUACAGGCGAACGAUGUGCACCGUUCGCCGACACCCGUGUUUGCGAUGGAUUUUACCCGCAUCAGCAGUACCGCGACAGGGGACGAUAGUGACCGUUUGGUGAAGAACGUGGUGCUAUCGUUUGCCAGCAGUUCCAAGGAACCCGAACAUAUCUUAACGGAGGGUGGAUAUUCUUGCGGUGGGCAAAGCCUAACCACCAUGACGACACCUUCGUCCAAUUCUUCCUCAUCGUCUGUGGCGGAUGUACUGAACCAUUGUGACGUUAGUCUCUGGAGGAAGCGAGCACUGGAGAUUGAAAAAGAUUACAAAAAAUCCGCAUGUGAUCGCGAACGGACAAGGAUGCGUGAUAUGAACCGUGCGUUCGAUAUGUUACGCUCGAAACUACCCAACAAGAAACCGUCCGGGAAGAAGUACUCCAAGAUCGAGUGUUUAAGAGUCGCAAUACAGUACAUCAGGCACUUAAGGCGAGAACUAGAAUAUCCUACCACACCGUCACCGGAACCGCACGAGUAUACGUACGAGGUGGUUACACCGUUCAAUCACAUCCCACCGCCGUCGGGUACCUACGUUGGGUUGGACACGAACAACAACAGUUUGCCGAUUGUUUCGGCCCAUUCCUUUACCGUGGUUACACCACCGAGACCAUCGGCACCGCAGCCUAUUAUGCCGGCGUUACCCACACCACAGCCACCGGUUCCACCUGCUGUAGCACACAACCAUCAGUGGUACAUAGCGAACAGUGCCGAUGGGUACAGUUACUAUUAUCUUCCAUAGCACCUUUGGGGGUUUUUUUAAGUAAUUGUUUGUAAUGUUAAAUCCUUAAAAUAUAGCUUGCUAGAAGUAAUGAUGCAUCCAAA